GCUGGCACAGUGCGGACGGACUGGAGUGGAUCGGGGACUGCGAAUGGAUGGCGCUGGACCAUGAGAGAAAGUGGAGUCAGACGCACUGAGCCGCAGCGAUAAGACAGCGCGCUGCAAAAUGAAGACACCUAUGCGCCAUGGGGUAGCCGUGCUUCUCGUGCUUCUCCUGUGCGCCAGCUUGUUCCUUGUCUACAACGGCAGCUUCAACAUCGCUUCCAGGGACUCUAACGACACGCGCAUCCGACAGCAUGAACAGCUGCGGCGGCCCACUGAAGCCUCCGUGAGGGUGGCCAAGCCUCACGCCCCGGUCCUCCAGGGAUACAGCGGCAUCAUCGACCAUAAGCCUCUGAGGAUGCACUGCCAGACCUGCGCCCUGGUGACCAGCUCAGGUCACCUCAUCGGAGGCGGUCGGGGUGAAGAGAUCGACCGGGCCGAGUGCGUCAUCCGCAUGAACGACGCCCCCACCGCCAGGGGUUACGCACGUGACGUCGGCCGCCGCACAUCACUGCGUGUCAUUGCUCACUCCAGCAUGCAGAGGGUCCUGCGGAGCCGCCACGAGCUGCUCAACGCUAGCCAGGACACCGUGUUCAUCUUCUGGGGCCCCAGCAGCUACAUGAGGCGUGACGGGAAGGGCCUGGUGUACAACAACCUGAGGCUGAUGAACCAGGUGUUGCCCAAACUCAAAGUCUACAUCAUCUCCUGGCAGAAGAUGCUGCAGUUUGACGAGCUCUUCAAGAAGGAGACUGGCAAGGACAGGAGGAUAUCAAACUCCUGGCUGAGCACCGGCUGGUUCACUAUGACCAUCGCCUUGGAGCUGUGCGAUAGGAUCAAUGUCUAUGGCAUGGUUGCCCCUGACUUCUGCAGAGAGCCUCAGCAUCACUCCGUCCCCUACCACUACUACGAGCCUCGUGGUCCAGACGAGUGUGCCAUGUACAUUUCCCACGAGCGUGGACGGCGGGGCAGCCACCACCGCUUCAUCACAGAGAAGCGGGUCUUCGCCAAAUGGGCACGGACGUUUGACAUCCACUUCUACCAGCCAGACUGGAGCCCCCCACCUCUACCAGCCAACCGGACGCUGGAGGGAACGGUCACAACGGCACCCCCGGUAACCCAGAAGACGUGACCAGUGUUGGGGUGAAGAAAAUGCUGUAGAGAUUCAUGUCAGAAGGACUGAGGAUGGGGUGCUGGACCCUUAACAGGAUGGAUAAAACAUGAAGUAGGCAUGAAAACUAAUUACCACAGAUGAAGACUGACUCUUGUUGAUCCUGCUGGACAUUUGUUAGGAACAUUUCUCCAGCUCCACCACUACAACUCCAGCAGUGUGUUUUGUUUACUGCACUGAACUAGUUCAAAGUUGUACAUCCUUUUUUGAAAACCUUGUAAAGUGAGGUUGUACGAGAAGGCAUCGUCAUCACACACUCCACUCUCAAUGCAUGCAGUGUCUUACUGUUGAUCCUCCAGUUCUUUGUGUAUAUGUGUGUGCGUGUGUGUGUGUGUGUGUGUGUAUGCAUAUGUUUACCAGAGGAAUCACAGGGGACACAAGUUGGGCUCUCCACAAAAGCCUCUGUUGGAUGAAGGCCGUAUGCAGGAUUCAGUGCUUACGGCCCAUUGAAAGAAAAAUACCACUACAAUGCCCAUAAUCCAACAAUGUAAUGCUUGGGAGAGUGUGAGCUGAAUAGUAAUAAUAGUGUAGCCUGGUUUAAAUUUUUGCUAUUUGACACUAUGAUCACUGUUCAGACGUCAUAUUCCUCUGUGGUUUUCGAAGAUUGAGGAGUUCAGUUUUGGCGACAUUCUUUAAACUCCUGUGUCAUGAAACAAGGCUCAAAGUCGUAUAAAUAACUUCCCUGACUUUCAUUUACACUGCGCAUUGGAUAUGUGCAUUGAAAGAUCACUAAAGGGUCACCCAAGCUAAACAUUGCAGUGACCAUUUCCUGGCUGAAGGACGAGUGCGUAACAUUCACUGAGGUUCUAUCUCAUGCGUGUGCACCUCCUCUGGCCGCCCAUACAUAUGUAUCAUAAAGGCUUCAUCGGCUCCUGUCACCAGUUAAUAGUGCGAUUUAUAUAGCAACAAGCUGGAUUUCCAUGUAAUGCACAGCCAUGUCACAGAAGACAAGUGGGAGAUUAAGAUCGAAAGCAGGGAAGCAGCGUCUGCAUCCAUCCUGCUAUAUUCAUCGGCUGCUGCCUCUGUGAGCCUGAAUCACCUCGCGAGAGAAUUACACCGUUUGGAAGAAUACCGGGUUUUCUAUUUUUGUUAAACUGAUAAGUAUAUGAUCUGUCACUCUCGCCUCUCUGGAUUGUGUUUUAUGUGCACUCUCCUGUCAUUUGAUGGAGUAUAUCCUACAUGUAUACUGCCCCUUCUCUCUGUCUCUGUCUCACUCUGAGAUCCUCACGUUUUCCUCCUCUCUGCUCCGUCUCCAUGAAUAAGAAUCAGGUUUGAGUUAGAAAGUGAUGAGACUUGUGGUUAGUUUAAUGAUACAUCCUGAUUCUAAGUCCCUAUUGGUCUUGCCCUCAUCUCUAACGUGAGUAAUGAGAGGACAGAUGCUGUGGGUCAGAUACAUAGGUGCUCCUGACUCCCAUCAUGUUUCCUCUGUGAUGAGGACACGAUUGCUUUUCACACUUCAACAGCUGCAGGAGUGGUGCUACUGUACGUCGCCUGGUUCUGAGUGCUGCUGACUUUGUACUGUCGCAAAGACCAAGGUGUGUAUGUGUGUGUGUGUGUUUUCCAGAGAUGUUGACUCAUCUGCGAAUGGCCGUGUGUAAUUGUACUUAUUAACAAAAGUUCCUGCCUAAUUAACUCUGCACUGAAUCACAGAAUGUUAUUUAGGGUUGCAACUGCUCAUUAUUUUCAUUCUCAAUUCAUCGUUUGGUCUAGAGAAUGUCAGAAAACAGUGAAGAAAUGUCCAUCACAAGUACCCAGAGACGGAAGUGACAUUUUCAAAUCACAUUCCAAAACCCCAAAAAAUACUCAAUUAACAGUGAUACAAUUUUUUUUCUUGAUUAUUAACUAAAUGGAAUUGUUUGACAUUUUGGGAAAUAGUUAUUCCCCUUCUUGCCAGGAGAAUGAAAUGAAUACAGACGUGCCUCUUUCUUGUCUGAACAGUAAAAAAGUAAAUCAUGAAAAAAGUCAAACUUAAAAAUGACAGUUGGCCAUAACCCUGCGUAGGAUGACUAAAUGUUUUUACACCUCAGCUAGUGUGUGAAGUGUUAAUUGGUGAGACUUAAAGCUGCUGGUAGAUGGAUUUAGCUUCCCUUGGACAGAGUGGGUUAGCCGUUUUUCCAUUUUAACUCUUUAUGCCAAGCUAAGCUAACUGGCUGUUCACUUCAGCCACAUUUUACUGUAUAGACAUGAUAGUGGUGUCAAUUUGAACAUCCAACUCUAGCCAAGAAGGAGCAUUUCCCAAAAUAUCAUACAAUUCCUUUCAGCAAUUAAUCAUGUUUCACUGCUAAUUCAUUUUCUGUUCCUCAACUAAUUGAUCGUGUCAGCACUGAUGUUAAUCUGUUUUCUUGUCUUUUGCACAUAAUGGAAAAUGUCAUUCCACUCAAUAAAAUAAUU